CCGCGACCGGAGAUCAUUGCUGCUGCUUUUCUAACCCUGGAACUGACCUGGGACAGGUGCUAGAUUCUGACUUUGAGACGCAAUCCUACAGAUUGCCCGUCUGGAUGGCGUGUCCACAUUGCACACCUACCAUGCAACACAUUUAGAUUUUUGGGGGUCUUUUUUGGAGAAACUCUUGCCCACUUUCCAUGUUGCUGGUAGCUUGCGAGUAGUUUCUUGUGGCUCCUCCAUCGAUUUAUUAUUGAUAUUUUUUUUCGUCUUUCCUACAUUAACUCUUCGGGGUACUUCGACUGCCCGGCACUCAUGAAUUCGGAUAUUAAUAUAUACCUCGGCCGAGAGAAGUCAAAUAUUAUGAGAAAGAGAGCGCUUAUGCUGCGGAAGGGAUGCAGCUUUGAAAUAACGAGCUCUGCCUCGGAGGAUUUGGGCUGCAGGCGAGGGGAAUUUAGCCGGAAGCAUUAUGGAUCUGUGGAACUGCUCAUCUCCAGUGAUGCAGAUGGAGCUAUACAGCGAGCCGGGCGAUUCCGCGUGGAGAACGGAUCGUCUGACGAGAUCACAGACUAUACCCCAGGAACAUGGAGGAGAACCGACGUCCACCUAGAGAACCCAGAAUACCACACCAGAUGGUUCUUCAAGUAUUUCUUAGGGAAAGUACACCAGAACUACGUUGGAACCGAUGCUGAAAAGAACCCUUUUUAUCUGUCCGUGGUUCUGUCAGACCAGAACAACCAGCGCGUGCCCCAGUACCGGGCCAUCUUGUGGAGGAAAGCGGGAACUCUCAAGAUCUCUCUUCCUUACAGCCCCACAAAAACACUAUCAGUCAAGUCCAUUUUAAGUGCCAUGAAUCUUGACAGGUUUGAGAAGGCCCCCAGGGAGAUACUCAACCCAGAGAUCCAGAAGGACCUGCUGGUGCUGGAGGAACAAGAGGGAUCUGUAAACUUCAAGUUUGGUGUGCUGUAUGCCAAAGACGGACAGCUCACAGAUGAUGAGAUGUUUAGCAACGAAACCGGAAGUGAAAACUUUAACAAGUUCCUGAACCUUCUUGGAGACACAAUUUCACUACAAGGAUGGGCGGGGUACAGAGGGGGCCUGGACACAAAAAAUGACACUACAGGAAUACACUCCAUUUACACCGUAUACCAGGGUCAUGAGCUCAUGUUCCACGUGUCCACCAUGUUGCCAUACUCCAAGGAAAACAAGCAACAGGUGGAGCGCAAGAGACAUAUCGGGAACGACAUUGUCACGAUCGUGUUCCAAGAAGGGGACGACGCUUCCCCAUCGUUCAAGCCGUCCAUGAUCCGAUCCCAUUUCACGCAUAUUUUUGCCUUAGUUCGAUAUAACAGUCAGAAUGACAGUUACAGGUUGAAGAUAUUCUCAGAGGAGAGCGUGCCGCUUUUUGGACCCCCCCUUCCCUCCCCGCCAGUGUUUACAGACCACCAAGAAUUCAGGGACUUUUUGCUAGUAAAAUUAAUUAAUGGGGAAAAGGCCACCCUGGAGACGCCGACGUUUGCACAGAAGCGGCAGCGGACACUAGACAUGCUGAUCCGAUCGCUGUACCAGGACCUCAUGCCGGACCUCUACAAGGUUCCCUUCUCUCCCCAGAACAUGCUGAACCGGCGGUCAUUCAGUGACGUCCUGCCUGAGUCACCAAAGUCCGCCCGUAAGAAGGAAGAGGCGAGACAGGCUGAGUUUGUCAGGAUAGGGCAGGCACUGAAGCUGAAGACCAUCGUGAGAGGAGACGCCCCUACUAGUCUUGUCACCACAGGGUUGUACAGAAAGGAGCCCUGGGAGCCUCAGUCCUUCUACAGCAGUUUUCCACAUGAGGUUGUGUGCAGUGACUCCUGGGGUCAGUCUGUGCUCAUCGCUACUGACACUGCAGGAGUUAUGUUGCUGGACAGUCAGGAUCCCACUGCUCUGAACUCAGACACGCCGCCACCUCCUGUGCAGGUGUUUGACAGAACCAUGGUGGUCAAACAGAUGCAUGUUAUUGAACCUCAGGAUCUUCUAAUCACUAGGGCAGACAAGGGGAAAGAUGCCCGGCUCUACGUCUUCAGACUAAGCAGCCUCAGCAGGGGCUUAGAUGGGCAGCUUGUCCGCACCAAAUAUGACAGCCGAGAAAACAAGCUGGAGAAGACGAAAGGCUGCCAUUUGUAUUCCAUUAACACUCACCAUGGUGCAGAGCUGCGCAUCGUGGCAGCCAUUCGCAACAAGCUUCUCCUCAUCACCAGGAAGCCGCUGCCAACAGAAUGCCUCAGUGCCGUCGCCAUGGUGACCGCGCCCCCUGAGUCACCCGUGGAGGAGUUCCAGUACAUAAGGGAAAUCUGCCUGUGUGACCCUCCUGUUGUCAUGGCGCUGGUGGACGGCCCGACAGGGGAGAACGACAACAUGAUCUGCGUGGCGUACAAGCACCAGUUUGACCUCAUCAACGAGAGCACCGGGGAAGCUUACCGACUGCACCACGUGGACGCCAACAGGGUCAACUUUGUGGCAGCCAUUGACGUAUAUGAGGAUGGAGAAGCAGGCCUGCUGUUGUGCUACAACUACAUCUGCUACUAUAAAAAAGUAUGUCCAUUUAAUGGAGUUACAACUAUGAUCCAGUCCGGCAGCUCUGACUUCCAUUUCAGCUGGAAUCAGAUGCCUAACUCCAUCGUGUGUGCUUUUCCCUACAUCCUAGCCUUCACUACAGACUCCAUCGAGAUUCGGCUGGUGGUGAACGGCAACCUGGUGUACACCGCCGUGGUGCCUGAGCUGCAGCUGAUUGCAUCCAGGUCGAUUUGCCAUUUUCUGAUAUCUCUGAACGCAGCUUCCAACUGUAGCUCCAGAGACACCAGUUCUCAAAGCUCCCCUCAGACCCCCACAGCUUAUGAGAUGCCUGUCUUCCCCUCGCCACUGGGAGAUGGUGAGGCUCAGGCGAAGCACAUCUUCAGGAUCCCCCUGUGCAACCUGGUGGGCCGCAGCAUCGAGAGGCCCCUGAAGUCGCCGCUUGUCAACAAGGUGGUGACCACGCCUGUGCCCAGUGCGCCCACUCCCUCCCCCGUGGUGUCCGUCUCGCACUCUCUCUCUCUGUCCCGCAUGGAAAUCAAGGAGAUUGCCAGCCGCACGCGGAAGGAGCUUCUUGGUCUUACGGAGGAGCCCAGCAGUAAAUCAGAGAACACGGUGAAGCAGAGGAAGACCAGCAAGAGGCUGGCAGAGAAGGAGCCCAAACCGAGGACCUUGAGGUCAGCCAGCAGUGACAGAGUGGGCUCUGAGUCGGCGGACACGGAUUCGGAUGCCCCGCGGCACUGCUCAUCUAGCUCUGAAGCGGAGCUUGAGCGCAUCGAGGUGCGGGAGGAGAGCCCCUCGCUGGCCAGCCCCUUUGCACUCACGUCCUCCUUCGAGGAAGACGUUUUGGACUUGAAGUGAAGGAGACACAGGAGGGACGCCUGCCUGUACUGCUCAGCCGUGCUAAGGAGGGACAUCACGGUGCAUUUCCAUAGCCCAGCCGAACCGUUUAACCGUUAACGUUUGGCCAGGGUCACACCUAAAGAAUGACACCACUGAAGAUUUCGGUACAUUUCGUACUACAUAUUGCAAAAUACAAAAACAAAUAGUAAAGGUAGUUGUUACUUUUUUUUAUUAUUGUCAACAUAGCGUAAUGCUUUGCAAUAUACUAUAUGGAAAAGUAUAGAUAAAUUUAUAUAGUAUAAUAUAUGUAUAUAUGUGUAUGUACACACAUACACACAUAUGUACAUAAAUUCAUAUGGUCUUGCAUAUUUUGAAUUUUAUCGUUUACCUCCCAUCUGUUUCUGUGUUUUCUUUGUCACACAGGCUUGUUUUUAAUACAUUUCGCAGUAUACGUAACAGUACGAUAACGGACCGUCUGUCCCAUGUGCCAUUGUCCACACAAUCUGCUCUUCUCGACUUGUUGCUGAUUUAUGGCAGUCAAACCUGAUGUUUACUUAAGGUACUGAACAACACAUGAUCGACACAAUCCUGUCUCUCAAGGAAGUUCAUCGGUAUUGUAUCACUUAAUUGUUGACCCACUGGCAUGUAUUUAAUAAGCCGAAGAAAAAAUUGCCUACACAAAAGCCGUAACUUUAUAAACUUGUGACAUCAUUACUCUAAAAACGCGGCCCUGCUUAGGGUGUCAGAAAUCCUGCAUGUCUUAUCUAUGCUGUACUGAUGCUUUGCCAGCUUGGAAUCCAUCGUAACCAAAGGACACCCACUGGAUUACAGCGAUAUUCCAUCCGCAGGCGUUUUUCUAAUACUGAGAAUUAUAGUCAAGAUAAUCGUGGAAAAGGGCUGAUAUUUCAUGCACCUUGUUUAAGGCUCAGAGUAGCUGUGGCGCAGUCAGGCUUUUAAAAAUCAGGAGAAAUUAGACCAGGUCGGAUAGAUUGUUUUGUAGUAACUGAGACUUUUUGCCCACUAAUAUUCAAGAGAAGUGUAGUAUCUCACAAAUUAGUGUGAGACAUUUUAGUGGCUUGUUAAAAUCAAAUACUUUCCUCAGCUUCAGGACAGGAUCCUUUUUAUGAAACAGUAUUAAUACAGAACUAUAUGCCUUGGGAAAGCGGCCAUUUUUGACUUGUGUCAGCCUGCGCCCUCUUGUGGCAUAUUUGCAACAUUGUCGCCGUUGUGUAUAAUGCAUGAAGGACCUUUUCCCCUAUUACCCCGCUCUCUCUUUGUUUACUUGUUUCAAUGUGAACUAUUCAACACUAUGAGCCUUGACAUAAAGGGAAAUAUGGGAAUAUUUUUGCAAACGUAUGUACGUGUUAUUUAUUAUGAUUAUAAUUACAACUGAGUGUUGGUGAGUGGGGGAACAUUUGAUGGUUGAAGUUUGUAAUACCAGUAAAGCAGUUUGAAUGUUUUAUUUCCUUUUAAUUUAGUCCCAUUCUGUUCUGAUGGCCCCUAGACGUUUCGCAGUGGUUUUGUAUCUAAAUCAAUAUUUACUGUUUAGACUGUUGCUGAACCUCUGUGAUAUUAAAAUGAAACAAAAUUAUUAAAAAAAAACACCAAGUGUCUUAAAAUAUAUUGUAUUGCCAUUGUUUUUAAUGCCAAGUACUACUUGUAAAUGUUUGUGUUUAAAAUGUGGCCUCCAAUGAAUCUGAAUUAUAAUUAUUAGUAUUAUUAUCAGUUCUAUUAUUUGAACAAUUUUAAGUGCUGUUGACCACUGCUGUGAAAGUAUUUAAUUUUGUUCAUUGACAUGAAAUAAAUAUUUAAGAAAUUGGACGCAAA